AUGAGUGGCAUCAAAGCGUCGACUGAAACCACGAUGAGCCAGUAUCAGCACGUCAACAAAUCUGAGCUCGACGAGGCCCAAAUUCGCGCUUUGGAGGAGCACGAGAUCAGUCAGGGGCCUCUGAGCGUCCUCCAGCAAUCCGUCCGCAACCACACCCAGAUUCUCAUUUCGCUCAGAAACAAUAGAAAACUUUUGGCUCGAGUCAAAGCGUUUGAUCGCCACAGUAACAUGGUGUUGGAGAACGUCAAAGAGAUGUGGACAGAAACGCCUAGCGGAAAAAAUAAAAAGCCCGUCAACAAGGACCGUUUCAUCAGCAAAAUGUUCCUCAGGGGCGACUCCGUGAUCUUAGUUUUGCGCAACACUGCUUGA